GGGUCCGCUGAGGCUUGUGGCUGAACUCUAAGCCAGCUGAAAUGUGGUGUCACUUUUGUUUGUGUGUCUUUGAUUGAAAAUUUUGUUUUGCUUUUCUUUAUUUUUCCCUUUUUGAAGAAAUUAAAACAUAUAACUUUAUUGAUGGAUUCAUAUUUAUUAUUUGGACGAAUAAUAUAUAAAAAUUUGUUUCUUUAUGCUCUUCUCUGUGCACCUUGGUGGUAGGUGAAUCUCUAUUCUGGUGCGCUUUUUUGUAAGAUUUCGGUGCUUUAUAGAUCUGCUACAUGCGUUUGUGAUUUUCCAUGUCACAGAUCUUACAUGCUGGGAUGACUUAGGAAAAAAAGCAUUUGCUCAAGGCUGUGUGAGCUAAUUGUCGCAUUCUCUGAGCUCUAAGAGGCUUUCAGUAGAAUUCAGCUAUAAGGAAGAAACACUGUGUUACUACACAGACCUCUUUUUCAGUGGAUUGCAGUAUUCCUUCACCAGAGUUGUUGUUGGGGUUACUUUGUGUUUCCCACCGUGCUGAGCAUGAAGGUAGACAACAGGGUCACGUUUUGUCCAUUCUUCUCUCAGAGUGGAUGGCUUCCUGUUGAUACUCUGUCUUAAUAGGAGGUCUAUUCAACAAAGAACAAUUACAGCUGCAUGACAUUUUCAGUAUUCCUUUUUUAGCAUUAGUAUGAAGCAUGUUCUUUGUUUUGUGGCCAAGCUACGUGGCUUGCUGGCAAGCUGAGGAGUAUUAUUACCCGAUUUAAAAUUAAACAAUGAUUCUUUUCCUCCUGGUUCUUGAGUCAGCGUGGGAGAAAAUUCAAAGCUAGCUUUAUUCCUCUUUAUAAUCCCUCAUCUGAGGGGAGUUAGAGGUAUUUUUAGCUUGCGUCCUGCAGUAUUUUCAGUUUUUAUGAGUCUUUGCACAAAUUCAGAACACAGCAGGCAUGGCAACUUUAAUGUAUGAGGAUAUUUCUUCAAGCUUUUAUUAAAACAAACAAAUAUAUAAUCUAUCAUAGACAAUAUAAAAAUGUUUUAGGCCCCUUCCCCCUCAUUUACCAGGUGUUUGUGUAUUCACGUCCCCAGCUGAUAUGUAGGACAUCAGCAUGACAAUAGAGUAUUGAGAGAGCGAGGAUGAGUCACUGAUUGAGUGAGGCCUUUGGGGGUUACAUACUCACAGGCAAUGUUGACAGACCUGUUGCACUUGAGAAACUUUCACUUUAUGUUCCUCUUACUCUGUUGUGAGCACAGACAGCACACACAUCAUAUCCUCUGGUCACAUUACAGUCAUUCUUUUUCUAAUCUUUACCCGUGCCCAAGUAUGCAGUUGAACGAAUGCGUCUUUCUUCUACAUAUAAGGUAUGAUUUGAUGCAACCUACUGCAUCAUUAGCUGUCUGACCGCACGUUUGUGCAAUUUGUCAACACUUUAAAGCUGGGCUUUUUGUUGUUGUUUUUUUAAAAGGGGGAAAAACUCAUCAUUAGAAACAUUUGAUUUAAUUAUUUCUUGUCACAUACAUUGAAGAGGGGAUUAAAGUGCUUCAUCUGGCCAUCUAAGAAUCCUUGAUUAAUGAGCUUAACAAAUGUCGUCAGGCUCAUGUUCAAAGGUCAGUAAAGUGUCUGAAGUGCUAUAAACAUGUGAUACAACAUAAAACAAGCAAGCUUUUGCUCAAGGGUUCAUUGUUUCUGUCCACUUAGACUACUACUGUCCUAAAACAAUGACUGUUUUGUGUUUCAGGGUAAGCAUUUUAAGCAAGGUUUUGAAAUGUGACAGGUCAUAGAUGUCAGUUUGAACCAGUAGGGAAGAAGAUGGCAGUGAGGCGUAUAAGGCAGGGCGCGUCACCUCGGAGUAACAUGGGAGGGGACAGGUGUGAGUGAUGUCUAGAUGCUCACGGAAGUCGUCACUCCCUCUUGCAUUCCUGCUCGAGCUUAGAAACAUGCCACACAGCCUGAGCCACACUAAAGACGCUUCCUGUCACCUUACAAGAAACUAGAGCUGCGGAUAGAUUUGCUUCGCUCUCACACAGUGUUCAUCAACCGGGACUGGAUAAAGCUCGAUUUUGUGCAAGACUCUAAUUCCUGGAUUUCUUUAGGAAUGUGGAUAUGGGAGGUAGAGCGGAGGUAGUGGUGAACACGCUCAUGUCCAGCAUGCCCAGUACGCAUUUUUCACGCUCCACACCGAGCCGCUUAAGGCUCCGUUCACAGACUCGAUGGAAGGGCAAGCACGUGAAGAUAUCCUUUCACAAGAUGAAAGCCAGAGAUCCCAGCCCCACCGAGAUGAGCGUGGAGCCUUGGGCCAGCCCGCAGGACCAGGCAGCCGCUGAACUCUCUCACAGCGAACACACGGACACGCCGCCCUCUCAGGAUCAGGAGCAGCACCCUGAUAAACUCUGCCUGGACUCGUUCUGGAGUGAGGUUGAGAAUAUCCAACAGGGGAGUGGCUACGCAGACGACUGCAGCAGGAGAGAUUCGAAACACUCCGAAGAAGGAGAGCAGGAGGAGCAGUGGUUGGCCGAUGCUGGCUUGUCAACCCUCAUCAGUGAGGACACUGAGACGGUAGACAAAACUGCCCUGCUGUCCACUCUGACCAAGACGCAGGCUGAAGCCGUUAAGCGUCGAGUAGAGACCUACACGCUCCGCAAACGGAACAAACCGCCACCGCGUGACGUUCGCGACAUAUUCAGCUCACAGACUCUCGUGUCCGAGUCUCAGCAUAGUGAAGACCCAGCCCAAAACAGCAUGGCAUCGGUAGCCAAGUCACCUUUAUCAGCUGUGACCCCAGAGCAUCAGCGAGGAACUCCCAAAGAUGAAUACUUCAUCACUGAUGUGGCUUAUUGUGAACAGGCCGUCAUCCUCAUCAAACAAGCCAAACUGCCACAGAAUAACAGCCAGCGCAGGAAGGAGGACGGCACCCUGCCCCGGGUCAUCUGCCCCAAGUGCCGUCUUGGAGUGACUCGUAUUCAAGAUCUCUCCCACGCUGACAUGAAGAAGGUGCGUCAGUUGGCUCUCAUCGACAUGACGGCGCUGUGCGACCUCCUAGAGCUGGAGGUCAAAAGACACAAAACUGGCAAGAGGAAAAACCCAGAGAGCCCGCUCUUUGGAGUCCCACUGGCCACGCUGCUGGAGAACGAUCAGAAACUCAAGCCCAGCGCUUCGAUUCCUCUCUUGCUGCAGGAAUUGUUGUCAUUUCUGGAGAAAAAGGGAAUCGAUUCGGAGGGGAUCCUGCGUGUCCCAGGAUCUCAGUCCAGAAUCAAGCUGCUGCAGCAGAACUUGGAGGCCAACUUCUACUCACGGCAUGUCAGAUGGGAUGAAGUGAGUCCGAACGACGCCGCUGCACUGCUCAAGAAGUUCAUCCGGGAGCUGCCCGCUCCUCUGCUCACCGCGGAGUACCUCAACAACUUUAGCGCCGUCAGGGAAAUCACAGAGCUGAAACAGAAACUCCACAUGCUGAACCUGCUCAUCCUGCUGCUGCCCGAGCCCAACAGAAACACACUAAAGGCUCUGCUGGAGUUCCUCAGUAAGGUGGUCUCCAAGGAAAAGAAGAACAGGAUGAACUUGUGGGCCGUCGCAACCAUCAUGGCUCCCAACCUGUUCCUGCAUAAGGCCGUCCCAAGCAGACUAACUGAGGGUGGAGAGAAAGGACAGGCGGAGAAGGCGGCAGAUGUUAUGAGGCUCCUCAUCCGCUACCAGGACCUGCUCUGGACGAUCCCUAAUUUCCUCAUGAGCCAGGUGCGUAGGCUGAACGAGAACAGUAACCGGCGUUACCAGUUAUACGAUCGUCGCUUCAAGAACCUGCUGAGAAAGAUUCACACGGACAGCAGGGAAAAACCGGAGAAAAACUCAGAGCCACAUCGUACAGUGAAAAUCCAGGUUGGAGAACUGGAAAGCAGCACGAUGGAUUAUCAGCUUAACUUAAAUUCAAGAGCCUCCGACCUUCUCGCCCAGUUUUACCGCCAGUUCCUCAGAAGCCCUGAAAAUGGAAAGGGCAAAAUGCGGAGGAACGGCUCGGUGGCGUAUUCGGACUGCGCCCUGUACGAAGUGGGCGGGAAUAUCGGUGAGCACUGCCUAGAUCCAGACACACACCUUCUAGAUUUGUACAACAGCAAUCCUGGAGGAGAGUGGAUCAUCAAAAGGAGACCCAGCGGCAGCAGGGGGCUGUGAUGGAUGGACUGAACGAAAACUCAGUUUCAGACUAAACAUAAAGGCAUCAAGGUCUACGGAAAAAUCAAAUCCACACAGCCAUCACUUCUUCAUAUCCUGUUCAUCCCGUGAGCAACAAGCAAGAGGGAGACAGAUGGAGGAAGCGGGAACGGAUAGAUGGAGAAUCUGCCUGGAGCAGAGCCUAAAAACUGUCUGCGAUCACACGAACACACACUACCCUCUGUCUUUCUCUUCCUGCCACUCUCCAUCUUCUUCUUUUCCCUUCACUACAUCAUUUCUCUCCUGCGUUGCAACGCUGAGAGCCUAAAGCUGCCGACGCGACUCAUUACUUCCAACAGAGAACCUGCUGCACAGAAAAGAGGAGAGCGACCGGCUGGACAGUUUGCUUCGCCAUCUUUUCUCUCAAGCAAUCGUAUCCAACCAUGAGCGAGCAGAUGGGGAUGCAGAGCACCUCUGGCUAUAGAGAGCUCACGCCCUCUGUCAGGCCAGCAUCUGCUCCACAAAAGUGUUUUUCUAUCAUGAUUUAUCAGGGCUUUGUAAAAAGCUCAAACGUGAUACAAGAGUUUUAUGUGCAUAUUUGAAGAAAAUUUAUUGUCUAAUGCCAAAAGUCAGCAGAAUACAAGAUUUCAUUUGUACAUAUUUGCCCGCCUGCAUCUCCAGUGAUUAAGCUAUUAUUACAUCAUCAGUCUCCAGUGUUACCACUGCUCAGUCACUUAUACAGCCAGUUCAUACAGAUAACCCUGGAUAUUCAAGUAUUCAGUGAACAAGGACACAUGUAGCAGGUCAACUUUCAGUCUUAUUAUGAAAUUCUGGAUUUCUCAACUUUUGUCAGAAAAAAAUAGUUGACCAUGAAGUAAUACAUGAGGUGCUCCAUACCUUGAUUUCUUUGUUCACCCACCAGUGUUACUUUACCAUAAAUCAGGAGAAACACAGCUUUUAAAAGCUGAUUUCUUUAUUCUUCUAUCCUGACUUAAGCAGCAAGUUUUCCUAUUUACACAUUCUCUUUACAUCUAGAGCUACUCGUAACCUCGUGUAAACAAAUUUGAACAUAAAACCCUUGGAUCAUUUUUUUUUUAAACAAAAAUAAUGAGAAAACAGCAGCAUGAAAGAAGACACUGGGCACUUAAGCUGCUGGAGCAGAAGCUAACCUGGAAACAGACAGUUGAUCCAGAUCGAUCCAGAUUGAUUCUGCAGCUUUGAUGACUUAAGUAAACAAAGACUGGGGUUUGUCAGUGUCAACUCCCUUCUUCACCUGUGCCAUUCAAUGAGGGAAAGAGGCCCUGAUGAACUGAUAUCCCUUUAUCUGUGAAACCCUGCGAUCUCCUGGGCAUUAAAAUUUAAAAAAUCCUCGGACUUCCUGAGCUGCACAGAGCAGCGCUCAAAGAGACUCUCUUGGACACCACGAGAUUUGGUGUUGUGACCUCAAGGACAGUGACUGUACCUCUAAAGGGAGUUGUAAAGGACACACAGUGAAGCUGGUCUUCUCGUCUUUUU